GUCACACUCACUUUUUGUUGUUGUUUCGUGAAAUUUCGCCCGACUUAGUUUAGUUUGCAGUCAUUAAUUCAAAUUUGACCGAUUUGGCCGACUCAGAAGUGUCAAGUGCUAAGUGAAACGAGGAGGCAAAUCAACGGAAAAUUCACAGCGCGGAGACAGCAAGGUUGAAGGCAAAGUGCUGGGGGAAAAUCCAACGGCUGUCUGUGCGGCGGCGUCUCGGCGAGAGUGCGACUUUUCCGAGUUUUCCGACCCCGCGACGAGGGUGGAAACGCGUGAAAAACCGAAACGAAAAUCGUGAGUGUGUGUGCAAAAAUGAUAGUGAAUAAAAUUCGGCAGAAGAGAAAAUAAAAGUUGUUAAAAAAAAAAGUGGCGAAAAGAAGCGGAAUGUCCGAUCGGCGAUUUUCAGUGCGGGAGCAGCUCAAAAAUCCAGUUUCGGGCUGCAAGGCGUGUCAUCAGGAUUGAAAUCCAACCACCACCACCACACUAACAACAACAGUACUGAAAACAGCAGCAGGAGCGGCAGCGGCAGCAGCAGCAGCGCAAGCAACAUCAAGCAGCGGCGGCUGCUUUGAGCCAAAUUCGUUGGCCCUUUUCCUGGUUAUUCCUGUUUGACUUCAUUUUCACUCCGGCUCGCUGUUCGCCACUUUCGCCAGAGAAUUUCGGAAGACAAAAUGUCGACGCGCUCGCAAUUAACCAAGGACCUCAACGAAAGCGUCAAAUCCAUACUGGGUCGCCACACAAAGAUACUGGUCAAGUAUAUGGUCAAAUUGGAGACGAAAGGCGAUAAGACGGAGAAUCGUGUUUUGGUCUUUACCCCCGUGAGGGUCUAUUUGCUCAGUGCCAAAGUGCCCACCAAGAUCGAAUGCCAUUUCCACUACCUGGACAUUGUGGGAGUCGAGAGCAAGAGGUCCACCCAUUUCUCCAUCGUGACCAACGAUCGGCCAUACUCGUUCGCCACCACCGGCGAUGCGGGCAAUUUCAGCUCGAACGCUGAUGUCAUCCUGACCGAUCUGGCCUCGGCCAUCAAGCAGAUAUUCCCAACAGUUCCUCUGAAAUACAUCAUCCGCAAGAUCGAUAUACAGCCGCCGGAGCGAGAGACCAUAUUCUCUGAGGAAUUUCGACCCUCCGAUCCGCGCAAUGUGGGCCCCUGCGGGGGAUUCAGUGCCCAGUACGCCUGCAUGUGCGACUUCCAUGGCGUCCCGUAUCGCGAGGAGGUGGCUUGGGAUGUGGACACCAUUUACCUGUCGCACGAUACGCGAGUCCUCAACCUGCGCGAUUUUGAUCACCUGGAACCAAAAGACUUGAUGGCCAUCGUUUCGGCGCUGGAGUACAACACGUUUUUUCGCGGCCUAAAGGCUGCCCAUAUGCGAUUGUCCCACGAGACCCUGGAACGCAUCCUGCACGUGCUCAAGCGAUCCAUGUGGCUGGAGGAGCUGCAUCUUGAGGCACUGGGCCUCAGAUGGGAUUUCCUGAACAAGUUAUCGAUAUCUGUGAUAACGAAUAGCAAUCCCGCCAUUCGCACCAUCGAUCUGAGCCACAAUAUAAUUGAGGAUAAAGGUGCCAUCCACCUGGCAGGGCCCAUAGCAAAGGUGUCCAAGGGCCUGUGCAAGCUGGCCCUGGCCCACUGCGGACUUACAUCCAAGGGAGUAAACCAGAUGUCGCACUCGCUGACGCUCAAUCAAAGUAUUUCCAACUCGCUCACGUAUUUAGACCUUAGUGGUAAUAGUCUCAAAGAUGAUAUAACCAAUCUGCACAAUUUUCUGGCUCAACCCAAUGUGCUGGAGCACUUGGACCUCGCCUCGACUGACAUCACGCUGGAGAAUUUAUUUGGCGCUCUGCUGCGCGGCUGUGCCACGCAUUUGGCCCACCUGAACGUCUCGCACAACUCGUUCAGCACCAAGAAGGGCAAGGAAAUCCCGCCGUCGUUCAAACAGUUCUUCACCAGCACCCUGAGCCUGAAGCACCUCAACAUAGGCGGCUGCAAACUGCCCAUGGAGGCCCUGAAGAACCUCCUGCUUGGCCUGGCCUGCAACGAGUCCACGGCUGGCCUCUAUCUGGAUCUCAGCAGCAAUACGCUGGGCGCCCAAGGUGCCCACGUCCUCGAGUCCUGCAUCCAUGGAGUGCGAGUGCUGCAAAGCCUGGACAUCAGCGACAACAAUUUGGACGCGGAGCUGGCGCCUGUGCUGACGGCCAUUUCGAAGAACCCCUCGAUCCGGACGCUCCACCUCACCCGCAGCCUCACGGGCAUGAAGCCCAAGCACAUUCCACCCGUGAUGGACGCCCUGGUGAACCUCAUCCAGAAGGACGACUUCCCGCUGGCCGAGCUGGUGCUGUCGGAGAAUAAGCUAAAGCACGACCUGCACGACUUCAUCAAUGCCCUGGGCAGCAACCAAAGCCUCCAGAAGCUGGAUAUCAGCGGCAAUUACAUGGGCGAUGUGGGCGCUCGACUCCUGGCGAAAGCUCUGCAGAUCAACAACAGACUGCGGACCAUUUACAUGGACAAGAACGGGGUGACGCUGCAGGGAUAUGCGGACAUCGUUUACGCCCUGGAGCACAAUCACAGCAUGCGCACCAUACCCUUCCCCGUCUUCGACAUUGCCCCGCACCUGAAGAGCCAUCCGGACAAGACGGAUGCGGUGAUGCGGAAGAUGCAGGAGCUGCUGCAGCGAAACUGCAACGGCUUGAAGCGGGCCACGGGCCAGGGAUUCCGUCUGCAGCACGGCUUCAUGCUUUCCUCCACCCACCAGCUGGUGGACAAGCUAGUGGCCGAGACCCAGGACACCAUCUCGCUGGCCAAGGGCGGCAGUGACUCUGCCUCGGCGGUGCAGCGCCUGAUCACAGACGCCGAGAACUGCAAGCAACUGAUGCCCAAACUGCAGGAAGCCGUUCGCAACGACUCCCAUCCCAUCGAAAUGAAGCUGACCCGCGUGGCCAGCGAGCUGGGCUACACGAUCAGGAGCUAUCUGGAGGAGACGCUGGAGACGAUGAUGCGCACGGGCAUCGAGCAGUGUCCCAAGACCCUGGGUAACCAGAUUGUGGUGCAGGACCUGCGCAAGGGUCUCGCCGAGCGUCUGAUUAUCCCCGAGGAAUUUCUGCAGGCCUGCCUUCUCAACAACGCCGGCAGCGAGAUCAUGAACAAAGUUGGUGAGAUUGAACAAUCCCUGGCGGCCGCCAUCUCGGACCGGGCCACGGAUGAGGUGCUGGAGGCUUUGACCCGCUAUCGCCGUGGCAUGGGCAUCGCCGAGUCGCCAUCGGUGCUGCUGGACGAGCCGCAGACGCCAGAUAUUGUGCGCAGUCGCUCCAGUCAUGAUGCGGAUGGAUUGAUCAUACGGCCGGGGGGACGAGGCUCGAUAUUGCCCAAACUGGGCCUGGAAUCGCCCACUAAAUUGGAAUAUCUGAACCUUGCCACGCCACAUCUUCCCACCAAACGGCGCAGCCUUGCUAAGAAGGUUCGUCCCCAGUCCGUCGUGGAGAAUCUCAGUUUGGGCCACUUCCCCGACCUCCUGGAGUCGCCCUCUUCGCACCGCUCCACCUCCCAAUUGUCCACCCGCGGGGCUGCUGGAGCCGCUGCUGUGGCCGCGGCCUCCAACAUGACCGACAGCCUGGCUGUAAUGGAUGAUGGCGGCGUUGACGAGUGCUGCGACUCCAUAACCGAGCUGCCCAGCGCCUCUUUUCAGCUGCAGCAUUUGGUCAAGGGUCGACCGAAGCGGGCCAAGACGCGGGCACCCACACGACCGCUGGUCAGUGCCGAGUGCAGUGCCGGAGGCAGCCGCGAGAUCGGCGAGGGGCUAGAGCACUUCUUUCGGCCAGGCUCGGUGACACCCACCACGCUCACCCCGCUCGUUUCGCCCACGUCGGAGGAGUGCAGCUCGCUGUCCUUUGUCGACAGUCCCACGAUGAGCCGCGAUGGCAACGGUCACAUGACCUCCGAGGAGACGACGCCCAUUCUGGAGGAGCGCCGACCAAUUAAAUUGGAGCGCCAGUCGCCACUGCUCAAAAGUGCCUCCUGGGCUACUCGCUCCCGGUCCACAGACAACCUGGAAAAGUAUUCGCCUUUAGUGGGUCGCAAGUCACCAUUGGUAAAGAUGCGCACUGAGGGCGGGGCUGGUUCGGGAGCAGCAGCUGGAACCGGAGCAGAGGAGGCAGCCAACAGCAAUCUCCUGAGGGCGACUGGUCGCGAGGAUAAAAUGCGCUCUCCCAGCAGCGACUCGAUCAAGAGCCAUGCCACCGGCGAGGGCAGCGUGAUUGUGAAGACCGGAAACGGUAUCCUGCGAACGCCGAUUGUGCUGCAGAAACCCCGACCGUGGUCAGUGGUGGGCAGCGAGCCGAAGAGCGGGGAACUGAUCACGGGCAACAGCAAUGGCAACGGCAACGCGGACUCCACCAAGACAACGCCUGACAAACUGGAAGAAGAUGACGUUGAGAUCGUGACCUUUGGAACUAGCAGCGGUGGCUCGAUCGUGGGCAUUACGCCGGGUAUUGCUAUAGGCGGUGGCGGAGGCGGUGGCAGCAUUGUGGGCAUUACACCUGGAGCUGCCCUGGAAAAGAAGUCCGUGCGAGAGCUGGCAGCGGGACUCAACAGAUUGGAACUCCCCCUCAAACCGCCCGUUAUGCCCAGAACCCUUCUGAACGCAGCAAAUGCGCGCACGAGCACCACCUCCACGGGCUCCUCCCACGGGGGGCCAGUCACUGCAUCCACGACAACCAGCACAUCAUCCACCACAGUAUUAAACCAGAGCCAGACGCGCUCGAGGAUGGUGAGCGAGACCGUCACGGAGCAGAGCAGCAGCAGUAGCAGCUCCUCCAGCAGCCACGAGCAGCGGCAUGCCAUGGCCUGUGCGAGUCUGAUCAGCAACGAGAUCCUGAGCAUGCGCAACGGCCAGUUGGGCACCAAGUCUGGCAGCUGCGCGGAGAGCGGCGGCGUCAAGCGGAUCGCCGGCAAGGAGAUAUCCACACUAUUCGAGGAGACAUUAGUUGAAGAACUGCAGCAGAGCAUGGCGACCAGACGCAUAUUUAGAGACUCGGCCUACACCAAGGAGGAUGUCGUUGAUUUAUAAGUGUUUCUAUUGUUAAAUGCUCAACAUUCCCCCACAUCCCACUUGCCGCAGUGCCCGCCUGUGGCGGAGGGAUGAUAAGGUGAUAGAGACGACGGAGACGGAUAGACGGAAAACUAGGUUGCAACUUAUUCGUACUGAAACAUUAAUUUAUGUGCAAUGGCGCGCGUGUGUAUUGUUUUCAUUUGGCAAUUUAGAAUGAACGUGAUUAUUUAUUGAUAAUUUUAUCCAAAUUAACCUUUGCAUAUUUAUAAAGAUGUUUUGUGUGUACUAUAUUUUAUAUUUUUAUGUAUUUUAAAUGAGUUAAGUGCCAAUUAUAUACAUACAUACAACCAGAAAUCUAUUUUUAGCGCAUGCUAAACAACAAUUUCAAUGGAAACUAACGAAGAUAACGCAAUGAAAUGAUACUAUCUAUAUAUACAUAUUAUGUAAAUCGAUUGCGUAACUAAGAACUAUUUUAAAGGGCCAAAGCCUAAAGAAAUCUUUAAACAAGUCUAAGUGAAAAACAAUAUUUUUUAUAACUGCUUCCAAAUACAAACACUUUAUCAUUUCCCA